AUGACCCGUCAAAUGACUUCUGAAGGCUCGCAAGAUCGUUAUCUCGCGCGCAAAGCUGACGAGGAAGACCUCGACGCCAUGGUAGAACUCUUCAACGGUUUCCACCAGUGCAAGCUCUUCCGACUACUUUACCCCGGAGUCAAGGACGCCUCGGAACUCUCUUCUACCCAUCGACACGUGCUUGUUCAGUGGUACAACUCGCCAGUCCGCCGACUCGAAGUGAUUGUUGAUCAAGCGACCGACGAGGUGAUCGCCUUCUGUAGCUGGGCUUUGGACGACUCGCUAGACAUGCCGUUGAAGGAAAAGUAUUAUAGAGGCCCUGGAGCUAAUACCGAGGUGAUCGAUGCGUUCCUCGACAAGAUCGAGCAUUACGAUGAGUUGCUCUGCCAGUUUCCUGACUUUAUCUAUAUCGACUGGAUCAUUAUCUCAGAGGAACACCGGAACAAGGGAGUCUUAUCGCUUCUCCUCGCUUGGGGAUGGAGGUGGGCUGUCCAGAUGAAACGCUACAUCAUCCUGGACUCUAUCGAAGAAACCACGAAACUCUGGGAAGAUCGCGGAUUCGUCAACCUGACUGGCGCGAAAUCGCAAUGGAGCUUGAACACCCUGGAAAAAGACGAAAAUGAUCCUAAUAACGCCGCUGCGAAAGACAUUCCAUUCGGACCCGACACGGUCGGUACGGCAGAGACAGGCCAGACGCAAUUACAACCGAUGAUUGCAGACCUGGAAAAGCUGGGCCAGAGCCUGGGCAAAAGCAAAUUUGAAGGGAGAAACGUACAUGGGGAUUGGGGUUGGAACGAUCUGCGUUCGUUCAAACUGGCAUUCCAUGGGUCCGUCGAGUACAGGAUCAAACCCGCCGAGCCCGAUGUGUAG